UUUCUCAGCAUGGCGCCGGCGGGAGGCGCGAACCUGCCGUGGGUGGAGAAGUACCGUCCGCAGGCGCUGUCGGAGCUCGUGUCUCACCGGGACAUCCUCAGCACCGUGCAGCGGUUCAUCAGCGAGGAUCGGCUCCCCCACCUGCUCCUCUAUGGCCCUCCUGGCACCGGGAAAACAUCCACCAUCCUGGCCUGUGCCAGGCAGCUCUACCGGGACAGGGAAUUCGGCUCCAUGGUGCUGGAGCUCAACGCCUCCGAUGACCGGGGCAUCGACAUCGUCCGGGGGCCCAUCCUGAGCUUCGCCAGCACCAGGACCAUCUUCAAGAAAGGCUUCAAGCUCGUUAUCCUGGAUGAGGCCGAUGCCAUGACCCAGGAUGCCCAGAAUGCCCUGAGGAGAGUGAUCGAGAAGUUCACCGAGAACACCCGGUUCUGCCUCAUCUGCAACUACCUGUCCAGGAUCAUUCCCGCCCUGCAAUCCCGCUGCACCCGCUUCCGUUUCGGGCCCCUCACCCCGGAGCUCAUGGUGCCACGACUCCAGCACGUCAUCCUGCAGGAGGGGGUGGAUGUGACGGAGGACGGGCUGAAGGCUCUGGUGACCCUCUCGAGCGGUGACAUGCGCAGGGCCCUCAACAUCCUGCAGAGCACCUCCAUGGCUUUCGGGAAGGUGACAGAGGAGAACGUCUACACAUGCACAGGACACCCCCUCAAGUCUGACAUCGCCAACAUCCUCGACUGGAUGCUCAACCAGGACUUCUCCACUGCCUAUCGAAAAAUCACGGAGCUGAAGACGCUGAAGGGCUUGGCCCUGCAGGACAUCCUGACCGAGAUCCACCUCUUUGUGCACAGAGGUGGGACAUGGGGGGUCUGGCUGACCUGGGGGGGGGGGGUCCAACAUCCCCCCCAGCCCACACUGAUGUGUCCCCUUCUCUCCCCAGUGGAUUUCCCACCCUCCAUCCGCAUCCAGCUACUGAUCAAGAUGGCAGAUAUCGAGUACCGCCUGGCCGCUGGGACCAGUGAGAAGAUCCAGCUGAGCUCCCUCAUCGCUGCCUUCCAAGUCACCAGGGACCUGGUGGUGGCCGAAGCCUGACUCCUGCUAGGUGGAUCCUUGCUUGGAUCUCACUGGAGAUGGGAGGGAUGGAGCUGGAGCUGCUCCCUGCAGCUUUCCCUUCCCAUUUUGGAAGCCUGGAACCCGCAGCCAGGACACAGGAGUGUUACUCCCAAGCUGCAUCAGGAAAUACAGGUGCCUCUAAAGCCCA